AGUCCUCGAGGCGUCGGCGGUCGGCUGCCUUCUGUUUUCUGUUGCUCCGUAGCCGUUGUGCGCGUGCGCGGACAUGGCCUCCAACGAGUACACUCAGCAGGCUACACAAAGCUAUGGGGCUUACCCUACCCAGCCUGGACAAGGCUAUUCCCAACAGAGCAGUCAGCCCUAUGGCCAACAGAGCUACAGUGGUUAUGGCCAAUCAGCUGAUACCUCAGGCUAUGGUCAGAGCAGCUAUGGCUCCUCCUAUGGACAAACCCAGAACAGCUACGGUACUCAGUCAGCUCCUCAAGGAUAUGGUUCAACCAGUGGCUAUGGCAGCGGCCAGGGUUCCCAGCCUUCUUAUGGUCAGCAAUCAUCCUAUCCUGGCUACAGCCAGCAGCCAGCCCCUAGCAGCGCUUCAGGGAGCUAUGGUAGCAGCUCCCAGAGCGGUGGCUAUGGGCAGCCCCAGGGUGGGGGCUAUGGGCAGCAGUCUGGCUAUGGUGGACAACAAAGCUCCUAUGGACAGCAACAAAGCUCCUACAAUCCCCCUCAGGGAUAUGGUCAGAGCCAGUAUAACAGCAGCAGUGGGGGCAGCGGAGGGGGUGGUGGAGGUGGCUAUGGCCAAGAUCAGUCAUCUAUGAGUGGAAGUGGUGGCUAUGGCAGUCAGGACCAGAGUGGAGGUGGUAGCAGCAGCAGCUAUGGGGGUGGCCAGCAGGACCGAGGGGGAAGAGGACGGGGUGGCGGCAGUGGCGGCAGCGGCGGCGGCAGCAGCAGUGGUGGCGGCGGCGGCGGCGGUGGUGGUGGCUACAACCGUAGCAGUGGUGGCUAUGAGCCCAGAGGUCGUGGAGGUGGCCGUGGAGGCAGAGGUGGCAUGGGCGGAAGUGACCGUGGUGGCUUCAAUAAAUUUGGUGGGCCCAGGGACCAAGGAUCACGCCAUGACUCUGAACAGGAUAAUUCUGAUAAUAACACCAUCUUCGUCCAAGGCUUGGGUGAGAAUGUUACCAUUGAGUCGGUGGCAGAUUACUUCAAGCAAAUUGGCAUUAUUAAGACUAAUAAGAAGACCGGGCAGCCUAUGAUCAACUUGUAUACAGACAGAGAGACAGGAAAGCUGAAAGGAGAGGCUACAGUAUCAUUUGAUGACCCCCCUUCUGCCAAGGCAGCCAUUGAUUGGUUUGAUGGCAAAGAUUUUUCUGGAAACCCCAUUAAAGUCUCCUUUGCUACACGAAGAGCAGACUUUAACAGAGGCGGCGGCAAUGGCCGUGGUGGCCGUGGGCGUGGAGGACCUAUGGGCCGUGGAGGCUUUGGAGGUGGUGGCAGUGGUGGUGGUAGCCGAGGAGGAUUCCCUAGUGGAGGGGGUGGUGGUGGAGGCCAGCAGCGAGCUGGUGACUGGAAGUGCCCUAAUCCCAUAUGUGAGAAUAUGAACUUUUCUUGGAGGAACGAGUGUAACCAGUGUAAGGCACCUAAACCUGAUGGACCUGGAGGGGGCCCUGGAGGUUCUCAUAUGGGGGGUAAUUUCGGAGAUGAUCGGAGAGGUGGCAGAGGUGGUUAUGACCGUGGAGGGUACCGAGGCAGAGGCGGGGACCGUGGGGGAUUCCGAGGGGGCCGGGGUGGAGGGGACAGAGGUGGCUUUGGACCUGGCAAGAUGGACUCAAGGGGUGAACACAGACAAGACAGACGGGAGAGGCCGUAUUAGCCUGGCUCAGGCAUCUCUGGACCAUCUUUUCUUCCAGACCCUGCUGUUGGUCCCUUUAUUUUGUAACCUUCCUACCCAGUUCCCUCUCCUUGUUUUGUGUCGGACUUUGUAACUGUAACCAUGCCCCCAGCUCCCAUUAAAUGCCAUUGUUUUAGUUAUCAA